GGUAAGGAAAUCCCGCCCGCCUCCUCCGUUCUCGCAAGUCCUCAAGAUGCCCCGAGUUUAUAAGCCUGGCAAGGUCGCUAUCGUCCUCCAGGGACGCCAGGCAGGCAAGAAAGUCAUCGUCAUCAAGCAGCUUGAUGAGGGUACCAAGGAGCGACCAUACCCCCACGCGAUUGUUGCCGGCAUCGAGCGCUACCCUUUGAAGGUGACGAAGCGCAUGGGCACGAAGAAGCUAGCGAAGCGGAGCAAAAUCAAGCCUUUUAUCAAGGUCGUCAACUACUCGCACCUUUUCCCCACACGUUAUGCGCUUGAGCUGGAGGGUCUGAAGGGCACGGUCUCGUCGGAUACAUUCAAGGAGCCCUCACAACGGGAGGACUCGAAGAAGCAGAUCAAGAAGCUGCUUGAGGACCGCUACACGAGUGGGAAGAACAAGUGGUUCUUCCAGCCCCUUCGCUUCUAGGCACAUUUGUCGGUUGUCACGCUGUUUGGGGAGACUGCAAAACCGCUACAUGUACUACAUGUCCACCAUGACGCAUGCUCUGCAUCCUGUUUUCCCGUAUUUCCUCCGGUUCUAUGCAACACAUAAUGCACUGUAACUGGCUGAUGUGUGUGCCCGAAAUGCUUGUCUGCAGAGGAAUGGACAGGUCAGACGUUGCAUGGGACAUGGUACAUGAUUGAUGAAGUCUUCUCACUGAUUGCAAAAAGUUACGCCCUCUGUCAAUGUCAUUGAUUCUACUCAUUU